AGAAACAGAGAGAAAAGAAGAGAGAGAAAGUAGCAGUGCAGUGCGGAGCAGCUUUCUUGGCCCCUCUCACUCUAUAUAUUCAGUAGCUUCCCCAUUGUUCCCUUUGCUCACACUCACAACUACAAUAGCAUCCUUUGCUCUGUGUCCUCACUGUCCUGUCUCCUGCUUCUAAAACUUCCAAAGCUCUCCGGCCAAAGCUUCUUCUUCUCUGUUUCUCUCUCUCUCUCCCCGCCCUAACAAACCUUGUAAAGGGGCAGCGGGGGCAACUCCACGAUAACCUCGAUCUUUCGGGCGAAAAGAUUGGAUCUUUUCUCGUGCAAAGGAGAGAUGGAGAGGAUGAACUCGGACCUGUACCUGCAGAACUGCUACAUAAUGAAGGAGAACGAGAGGCUGAGGAAGAAGGCACAGCUGCUGAACCAAGAGAACCAAGCCCUCCUCUCCGAGCUGAAGCAGAAGCUCUCCACUGCCAAUAACAACUCCAGCAAAUCGCAUCCCGGAAUCACCACUGGUCUCGCCGACCUCAACCUCGGCCCCGGCUCAAACGACGACCCAUCUAAUUCUAGUAAUGCCUGACUGAUUGCUGCCUCUGGAAGACUAUGCAGGACAUAGACUUAUAUAUGACCUGGUUUAGAAGGACCUCUCACUAGCUCUGGUUUCUUUUGUUCUUUGAGGGAUGGGUUUACUGAAUCAAAUUAAAAGGUUAGAGGUAGGCAGGUAGUUUGUCUAGUUUAAGGUUGUCAUAUGACAUGGUGAUAGUUGGGUUGGGUUAACUUGGGUACUCCUUGCUUGUCUUGCUUUCCUUUUUUGGGGGAGUUUAGAGUCAAAUGAAUUUUGGGUUCUCCAUAUCAGUUGUUUAUGAGGCCAUCACUAAAUAUUAUCAGCUAUGGCAGCAUAUUUAACUUAA